GAUCAUAUGAUUGUCAACGUAAACAAAGCAGGUUCACUUUUGCACAACUUACCGUACAGUUCGUCCGUUGUUCCGUGAAGUCCCGCCCGGGGGUGUUGUCCGACAUGCAAUGGAGCUGCUCGCGUUGGACGAAGAUUCGCUGAUGGAAAUAUUUUCCUACUUCUGCUUCAACGAGCUGCUGGUGCUGUCUUCCGUCUGCCAACGCUUUCUACACCUUUGCCAGCGACACCUGCGCAAAAUACGCCACUUCGAGCUGGACUACCGCAGUUUGGCGGAACGUGAGAACUAUCCGGAGUAUCUGCGCAACGUGUUUACCAGCCUGGGGCCAACGCUGGAAGCGUUCCGAUUUUCCGGUGGGUACAUCAUGAACGAAACGCUCAAACAGCACAUUGUGGACGGUUUGGCAGCACACUGUACAAACCUGCGCCAUCUCACCAUCAACUAUACGAUCCUGAACGAGCAGCAGCUACGACCGCUGGCCGUACUGUUGGACACGCUGCUCCAUCUGGACCUGGGACGCUGUGACCUAACGGACGAUAGUUUGGGCGAGUUUCUACGGUCGCGUCCGCUGAAACUGCACACACUGGCGGUACCGGGCAACACCAACCUGCUCGGUGAAUUUUUCACCCACUGGACCACGGCGAGCGAUCUGGAGCAGAUUGAUUUAAGCUACUGCUUUUCGCUGAACGUGCAGGAGAUGGAUACCUUUUUGCAGCAUGCCAAACGUUUGAAGGCUGUCGAUGUGACUGGCAGUCUGUGGUUGCAGCGUAACAAGGAUAUCUUUAGCAAGGAUGGACGAUCGAUUGCCAUGGGAACGAGUAUGCCGGUGUUGGAGUAUUUCAAGGCAGGCUAAAAGCAAAAGCAUUCAUUCCGGAAGGAAGGUAAGGGAAAAUGCGAUCCUUUUACCCGAUUGUUUGUUAUUGUAAGUUACUGUUUAAACCGUUCAAAAAUAUUCCAAACAUGUUACGUGAUAUAUAUGAAUGUGAGCUGGAACUAAGGGCCUCUACAAAAUGGUCCAACAUUAUUUAAUUAAACGUUUGACUCAUCGAUGAUCUCAUCGAUCUAACACUCCACUCACAGCAAACCUUUACUAACCUGUUUCGUGAACGGUCACGGCGAUUCCGGUCCUUACUAUAAUUCCGGAUGGCGAAAACGAACAACACGGCAACCAGUGUUUUCUUUCCCCGUGUGGUAAGGGUUUUUCGAUUUAAAAAAGAAUAUAUAUACGGGGUUUUAUUUUCUGUGAUCUUCAUUUUAUCCUUUCUGUGUCACGCACACACAUCGUAUUGAAUUUAGUCUGCCUGAUUUGUGCCUUAUUAGUUAAUAAAAACAUGAAAUACAAAUGAACGUACUAUGGUGAAUGGUGAA